AGAAGAGUCGAGUCGACGGGUCCUUCUGCGCUUUACACGGAAAUCAGCGCUAAGACCGAUGUUUGUUUUGCUACAGUUAGCAGGUAACCGUUUUUGAUGGUACAAUAAUAUUUAGUCAUAAAUAUGACUUGCCAAUCAGGGACCUGUGUUGUAUAAUAUCUAUGCCUGCUGAACACAAUAGCUCAGUAAACAUGGAUGACAAAGACGUUUGCUCCUUCAGCAACAAGGAGAAAGACAAGGAUAGAGAUGGUGAGAGAAAAGCAGCACCUGCUCGAGACAAAGUGAAAGACGAGGCCAAAAUAAGCGGCAAAAAGGACAGCGGCAAAGAGGACAAGAGAAAGCGUUUGGAGGAGGAAAAGAAGAAGAAGGAGGAAAAGGAGCGAAAAAGGAAAGAAGAGGAAAAACUGAAAGCUGAGGAGGAACAGAAGAAGAAAGAGGAGGAGGAGAAGAAUCGGCAGGAGGAGCAAGAGCGGAAGCUUCAAGAGGAGGAGGCCAAAAGACAACGUGAGGAGGAGGCAGCUCUUCAGAAGGAAAAGGAAGAAGGGCAUCAGCUUCACCAGGAGGCCUGGGAGCGCCACCAGUGCAGGAAGGAACUCCGCAGCAAGAAUCAGAAUGCCCAAGAGUGCAGGCCAGAGGAGGCGUUUUUCAGCCGACUGGACUCCAGCCUUAAAAAGAACACUGCCUUUGUCAAGAAGCUGCGUACACUCACCGAACAGCAGCGAGAGUCACUGUCCAACGACUUUGCCUCGCUGAACCUCAGCAAAUACAUCGGUGAAGCUGUGUCCUCUGUCGUGGAGGCAAAGCUGAAGAUCUCGGACGUGGGCUGUGCCGUUCAUCUGUGCUCCCUGUUCCACCAGCGAUACGCUGAGUUUUCUCUGUUGCUGUUACAGGCGUGGAAGAAGCACUUUGAAGCAAGGAAGGAGGACAAGGCACCCAAUGUGAGCAAGCUGCGCACCGACCUGCGCUUUAUUGCGGAGCUCACCAUUGUUGGCCUCUUCACAGACAAAGAAGGCCUUUCGCUCAUUUAUGAGCAGCUGAAGAACAUUAUCGGCGCGGACCGGGAGACACACACCCAUGUGUCUGUGGUGAUUAGCUUCUGUAAGCACUGUGGGGAUGACAUUGCUGGUCUGCUGCCUCACAAAGUCAAACUGGCUGCUGAGAAGUUUGGCUUGGCAUUUCCUCCGAGUGAGAUAAUCAGCACAGAGAAACAGCAGCCCUUCCUGAACCUCCUACGGGAAUACUUCACAUCGCUCACCAAGCACUUGAAGAAGGACCAUCGCGAGCUGCAGAAUAUUGAACGGCAGAACAGGCGAAUUCUACAUUCUAAAGGCGAACUGAGUGAGGACAGGCAUAAGCAGUAUGAAGAAUUUGCCACUUCCUAUCAGAAGCUGCUGGCCAACACUCAGUCCCUGGCUGAUCUUCUGGAUGAAAACAUGCCAGAGUUGCCUCAGGACAAGACUGUGCAAGAGGAACAUGGUCCUGGCAUUGACAUUUUUACCCCUGGAAAGCCGGGAGAGUAUGACCUGGACGGAGGAAUAUGGGAAGAUGAAGAUGCUCGUAACUUCUACGAGAACUUAGUGGACCUGAAAGCCUUUGUCCCUGCCAUCCUCUUUAAGGACAAUGAGAAGAGCAACCAGGGCAAAGACAAGGAUGAUGCUAAAGAUAGCAAAGAAGGAAAGGAUGCAGCCAGCACUACAGAGGAGCUGGAGCUGGAACUGGAGGCACUGGACAUCGCAGAUGAACCUAUUGAACUGGAGGGACCAGAUGAGGUGGAGAAUGAAGAACUUGCUAAAAAACUGCUUGAUGAGCAAGAACAAGAGGAUGAAGAGGCCAACACAGGGUCCCAUUUGAAGCUCAUUGUGGAUGCCUUUAUCCAGCAACUUCCAAACUGUGUCAACAGAGACCUAAUAGACAAGGCUGCCAUGGAUUUCUGCAUGAACAUGAACACCAAAUCCAACAGAAGGAAGCUUGUCCGAGCCCUCUUCACUGUCCCCCGGCAGAGGUUGGAUCUUCUGCCCUUCUACUCUCGCCUGGUGGCAACUCUGCAUCCCUGCAUGUCCGAUGUGGCUGAGGACCUCUGCUCCAUGCUGAAGGGAGACUUCAGGUUUCAUAUUCGGAAGAAAGACCAGAUUAACAUUGAGACGAAAAACAAAACCGUCAGAUUCAUUGGGGAACUGGCGAAGUUUAAAAUGUUCUCCAAAACGGACACGCUUCACUGUCUCAAGAUGCUGCUGUCUGACUUUACCCAUCAUCAUAUAGAGAUGGCCUGCACACUGCUGGAGACCUGUGGCCGCUUCCUCUUCAGAUCCCCUGACUCUCACCUGCGUACCAGCGUCCUGCUGGAGCAAAUGAUGCGUAAAAAGCAGGCACAGCAUCUGGAUGCACGCUACGUGACGAUGGUGGAGAACGCCUACUACUACUGCAACCCCCCACCCAUGGAGAAGACGGUGAAGAAGAAGAGGCCACCACUGCAGGAGUACAUCCGCAAACUGCUCUACAAAGACCUGUCCAAGGUCACUACCGAAAAGGUACUGAGGCAAAUGCGCAAGCUGUCAUGGCAGGACCCUGAGGUCAAGAGCUACCUGAUCUGCUGCAUGGUCAACAUCUGGAACGUGAAGUACAACAGCAUCCACUGCGUGGCCAACCUGCUGGCUGGACUGGUGGCCUACCAAGAAGACGUGGGCAUCCAUGUGGUGGACGGAGUGCUGGAGGACAUCCGUCUGGGCAUGGAGGUCAACCAACCCAAGUUUAACCAGCGGCGGAUCAGUAGCGCCAAGUUCCUGGGCGAGCUCUACAACUACCGCAUGGUGGAGUCGGCCGUCAUUUUCCGCACUCUCUUCUCCUUCAUUGCAUUUGGAGUGAAUCAGGACGGCAGCCCCAGCCCUUUGGACCCUCCAGAGCACCUGUUCCGCAUCCGCCUGGUCUGCACUUUGCUCGAUACCUGCGGUCAGUAUUUUGACCGAGGCUCCAGCAAGAGGAAACUGGACUGUUUCCUCAUCUACUUCCAGAGAUACAUUUGGUGGAAGAAAAGCGUAGAUGUUUGGACCAAGGACCACCCCUUCCCCAUUGACAUUGACUAUAUGAUCAGCGACACCCUGGAGCUGCUCAGGCCUAAGAUGAGGCUGAGCUGCUCCCUGGAAGAGGCCACCAGAUACGUCACUGACCUGGAGAGGGAAGUGCUCAUCAAACUAGGUCUAGCCAUGGAGAGGGAUGGCCGCUCCAGCACCAUGAGCGAAGGCGAAGUUCUCGAUGAGGAAGACGAUGACGGCGACGAUGACGAAGAGGGUGGAGCUGAGACCGAGGAGCAGUCGGGCAAUGAGAGUGAAAUGAAUGAACAGGAAGAGGAUGAAGGGUCUGAGAAUGAAGAGGAGGAGAGGGAGGAAGAGGAAGAGGAGAACACAGACUACCUGACAGACUCCAAUAAAGAGAAUGAGACAGAUGAGGAAAAUAAUGAGGUGACGAUCCGUGGUGGUGGCCUGAAGCACGUGGCCUGUGCUGAGGACGAGGACUUCAUCCAGGCUCUAGAUAAGAUGAUGCUGGAGAAUCUGCAGCAACGCAGCGGUGAGGCGGUGAAGGUGCACCAGCUGGACGUCGCCAUUCCUCUGCAGCUGAAGAGCCAGCUGAGGAAAGGAGGCUCCGGCCAGCCAUGCCUGGCAGAGGGGGACGCUGACAUCUCUGAGACCAUGCAGUUCGUCAUGCUAACACGCAAAGGCAACAAGCAGCAGUACAAGAUCCUGAACGUGCCCCUGUCGUCCCACCUGGCAGCCAACCACUUCAACCAGCAGCAGGCCGAACAGGAGGAGCGCAUGAGGAUGAAGAAACUCACCCUGGACAUCAACGAAAGACAGGAGCAGGAGGACUACCAGGAGAUGUUACAGUCCCUCGCCCAGCGUCCCGCUCAGGCUAACACCAACCGUGAGCGCCGACCUCGCUACCAGCACCCAAAAGGCGCCCCCAACGCAGACCUCAUCUUCAAGACUGGAGGAAGGAGACGCUGAUUGGAGUCUGGGCGCAGGCGAUCGGGCAAGCAAUAGAAUGAGCGAAUGCAUAACAAAGAAGGCGAGAACAAGAAGAUCGGAGGGAAGACCGGUCUGAAGCAGCGAACGAGUCCUCAGAGCCCACUGAUGAUGCCAGGACCGACCCAACCCCUGACCUGAUCUCACACACACACACACACACACACACACACACACACACACACACACACACACACGCAGAGGGGUCUGGAGCCUGAAGAGGAAGAACAAAACCAAGAGCUUGGGGUCAAAGGUCAGGGGUCAGGCAGAGGACUGUCUGUGUGUUUGUCUGUUGCCUGAGAUGACGGAGACUGCGUGGACCAACGCCAGAUGGCAGAACUGACCGGCUGACUGAACACACGACGAACGGGGAGGCAGAUGAAUGGAUGAACGAAUCACCUGCCACCGUCACACGAGACUAGAAAGUCAAACAGAUAUUCUUGUUUUUGGACACUGGAGUGGAGGCGAGGCGUUAACUCUAGAUGUGUGUUCAGACACUGUCCACCCAGCGACGCAGACAAAACCCUGACGUUACGUACAAACAGAAAUCAUCAUUGAUUAAUCUGCAGAAUUCCCAGUGAUUAACUGUUCCCAGUUAAUCACUGGGUUGUAGAAUUAAAACCAGUUCAUUCAUGGACUUCUGUUAGUGAGCAGUUCAAGGUUGAGCAGCUUGAUGGCAAAGCACCUUCACGAGAGUUUCAUAUCAUUCAUUCUCCUUCUUGCUAGUGGACACUGAGUGUACAUAUCCGCUGCUUUUCCCAACUUUUACCAUGUUAGAUUUUUUUUUUUUAAAUCAAAAGCACCUGAAAGGGAGAGAGAUGUGGACUAUUGAGCUUGAUUUAGAGUUUUUGUAGUCUAAAGUAGUGAAUGGACUAAUGGACAACCGUGUGCCUGAGACUUAUUCUUGUGUUACUUUGCUUUCAUUUCUUUGGCUGAGCCUAUAGAUGGGGAAAUCUCCUAUCUAUUCUGCUGCAUGGGCUUUUUGUGCAUCAGCUGUGGCUCCAGUGUAGCUCCUCUGUGUCUAGAUUCCAAACUGUUGUUUAUCUGCGAGCAAAGGAAAAGAUAACGGCUCUCUGCUUUGUGUCUCCGCUACUAACCCGGAUAUAAUCACAAUAAAUGUGUGAACCAAACCAAA